AUUUUCGUUGGUGUUGGUGGCGGAAGGAUGGACAAAUUUCUCUUGAAAAACUCACAGGAUGGACAAGACAGCAGCAUUGAGGCAAUUGAGGAGGACAACCAGCUAGCAAAAAGGCAGCGAGUCGGAAGAUCAUCGGUGUGGGGCCAUUUCGAAAAAAUAAACAACGGUAUGUCGGCAAAGUGUCGCUCUUGCGGCAAAAUGUAUAAGACGAGCGGAAAUACCUCAAAUUUAUUUGACCACCUGAAGCGUGCGCAUCCCGGUCAGCGUGUUAACGAUUUGCCAAUCACUUCUGGUAAAAUAGAUACAUAUUUAAACACAACAUAUGAAUCUACGUCAAAGCGCAAACAAGAGCUUGAUUCAGGACUCAUAAAAUUUGUAGCUCAAGGCAUGCAACCUUUUUCUAUAGUUGAGGAUCCUGAGUUUCGCGACUUUAUCAAACUAUUCCACCCACGCUACAAACUACCGUCGCGGACUACCCUCUCUAAUGUCAUGAUGACAAAUUUAUUUGAUGAGCAGAAACCGAAAUUAAAAAAUUUGCUCAGCAAAAUAAAUCACUGUGCCAUCACAACUGAUAUGUGGACGUCCCUGGCAAAUGAAUCUUAUAUGACAGUCACAUGGAAACUAAAUAUAGUCUAA